UCACUCUUCUGGGACAGCCAGACCACCACUACAAGACCAUGGUAUGGAUGUACAGUAACUGUACAGUAGUGUUGGAGAACUUGGAAAUAACUCACAUUCAGGAGUACAACGACCUCUCCUUCCUUAAGAGCAUUGAGGAAGUAGGUGGCUAUGUUCUAAUUGCUUUCAACCAUGUGGAUGUGAUUCCCUUGGAAAACCUGCAUCUCAUUCGUGGACAUUCUCACUUCAUUAACAAGUACACCCUUGCUGUGAUAGCAAACUAUCACAGGAACGGCUCUUCCGAGAACAGCAGUAUCAUCAGUGGACUGCGAGAACUGCCUCUAAGAAACCUAACAGAAAUUCUCAAAGGUGGGGUUAUAAUAGCUGAUAAUCCUUUGCUGUGCAAUGUGGAGACCAUACAGUGGUUGGACAUUGUGGAUAGGAACAGUGAUGUGAAUGUUUCGGGUGGGACUGGCCCUCAGUGCAGACGAUGUGACACAGGAUGCUUCAAUGGAAUGUGUUGGGCGCCAGGACCUGAGAACUGCCAGACUUGUAAGUUCUAUUGUAUAGGCAAUUGACUCUUAAAUUGUGCUGAGCAGUGCUCGUGGAGGUGCAAGGGGCCCAAACCCAUCGACUGCUGUAAUGAACACUGUGCUGUGGGCUGCACCGGACCCAAACCCACAGACUGCCUGGCCUGCAGAGACUUCCAGGAUGACCGGACGUGUAAGGAUGAGUGUCCUCGUCUUAUGCUGUACAACCCAAACACUCACCAACUCGUUCACAACCCUGAUGGGAAAUACAAAUUUGGAGCCACCUGUGUGAAGAGAUGCCCUUACAACUUUGUGGUGAUCGAUCACGGUGCUUGUGUUCAAACAUGCGGUGAUAAUAUGUAUGAAGAGGAGGAGGACGGAAUAAGGAAUUGCAAAAAAUGUGAUGGUUUGUGUCCGAAAGUAUGCAAUGGCCUUGGCAUGGGAACACUAGCAAAUGUCAUGUCAAUCAAUGUGACUAACAUCGAUUCUUUUAUAAACUGCACCAAAAUAAAUGGCCAUAUUACAAUAUUGAAGACAACUUUUCAAGGGGACACAUUUACAAAUACUCCAAGCAUGGACCUUGAGAAACUCGACUAUUUCAAGACAGUGAAGGAAAUUUCAGGGUUUCUGUUAAUUCAAGAUUGGCCUGAACAUCUCAAGUCACACAGUCACUUUGAGAAUCUGGAGAUCAUCAGAGGAAGAACUAAACUACUGGGCACCAUCAGUUUUGCAGUAGUGAAUGUCCCACACCUAGAGCAUCUCGGCCUGCGUUCGCUAAAAGAGAUCAGUAGCGGUGAUGUUGUCAUUAAGGAAAACCAGCGCCUCUGUUACAUUGAAGGCAGCUACUGGCAGAAGCUGUUUAGAUCAGAGAAACAGCACAUUCGAACCAGCAACAAUGCAGCAAUGGAUAGCUGUGAGCAACAGAACUGUACCUGUGAUAGCAUGUGUGGAGGGGAAGGCUGCUGGGGCCCAGGGCCAUCCAUGUGCAUUUCCUGCCAGCACGUCAGCCGUGGGGGACGCUGUGUCAGUCACUGCAACCUGCUGGAAGGAUUACCCCGCGAGUACAUGUCAGAGAAAACGUGUUUGGAAUGUGACCCCGAAUGCAAGGUUCUGAAAGGAACUGAAAGCUGCCAUGGACCAGUGUCACUGUGUGGGAGUUGAUGACAUUUGGAUCCAAACCAUACGAUGGAAUCCCAGCCAGUGAGAUCACAGAUAUUCUGGUGAAAGGAGAACGUUUACCACAGCCUUCUAUCUGCACUAUAGAUGUGUAUAUGAUCAUGGUCAAACGUGACUGCUAAUGAGGUCAUAUAUGCUGUAUAAACUAUAGAACAGUUUGUGGUUAUAAAACAAGAAUAAAACUUGGAAAUAACUUGGAAAACCUGUUUUAUACUAAAUAAAAAGUAA